AUGAGUCUGUAUAGAUGCAGAAUUACAGAGGAACAGUGUCUCAUCCUGACUUCAGCUCUGAAAUCAAACCCAUCACACCUGAGAGAACUGAACCUGAGCAGGAAUAAACUAGGAGACUCUGGAGUGAAAAACCUCAGUGAUCUACUGAUGAACACACAAUUCAAGCUGGAGAAACUACAUCUGUGUUAUUGCAGUAUUACAGAGAAACAGUGUCUCAUCCUGACUUCAGCUCUGAAAUCAAACCCAUCACACCUGAGAGAACUGAACCUGAGCAGGAAUCAAAUAAAAAACACAGGAGUGAAUCACUUAUGUGACGUACUGAAGGAUUCACACUGUAAACUGGAGAGAUUGAGGUCAGUAACAUUCACAUACAAGAAUCAAAAUGAUUAAAAUCACUUCAACAGUUUAAACCAAAACACUUUAUAGUAUCUAACAUGUCUACAGAAGCUUCUUAAACGAGCUCAUCCAGUAAGUAAAACUGUUAAAGUGUGGAAUAAAGAGUCUUCAACAUGUUUUACACUAAACAAUACUUUUGGAUUGAACUAUUUUUAGAGUUUACCACAAAAAAUGCAGUUUUAUAAGAGAAGUCCCUGACUUUUUGUGACAGGUGGGAUUCAGUUUAUGGCACUUCUCAUUCAUUCCUAUGGUAUCUGUAAACGGCGAUUGAGUGUCGCACAAUUCUGACUGAAAUUCAGUGACGUCAGUGCUGUAAUGUGAUUGGUUAUUAAGGGACACGUGAUCCAAGUUAGCCGUUACGCUUUGUCCAAUAGUAACUAAUACAGACCCUCUCAUCUCCCUAUACUAAGAAAAUCUCUGACAAGGGGUAAUUAGGAACACAGGUGCAUAGGAUAAAGCAAUCAAACUAAACAAGAACAGGAAAAUGACCAAAUAAGGAAACUCAGGAACAAAGAUGGGGGUAAAACAAGAAAAAACAGGUCCAAAAGUCU